AUGAAUCUAGAGUGGUGUAACCAAGUUGGAUCGAUAAAGUAUCUUUUUAAGUAUAUUAACAAAGGACCGGAUAGGAUAACAGCAUCUAUUGUUGAUCCAACAAAAAAGAAAAAACAACAGAUAGAAAAUAACGACCAUGACGAAAUUGGUGAGUUCUAUAACUGUCGUUAUAUUUCCGCAUGUGAGGCAUGUUGGAGGCUUUUUGGGUAUGAUAUUCAUUAUCGAACACCGUCUGUCGAAAGGUUGUCAUUUCACCUCGAACACAAACAACCUGUUGUUUUUAAACCAAACCAACAUCUUAAUCAGGUUGUUUCUAAACCGACUGUCGCUGCUUCUCAAUUUUUAGCUUGGAUGGAAUGUAACAAGCAUGAUGAAGAUGCACGGAAGUUGUCAUACGUUGAAUUCCCAACUAAAUAUGUUUGGAAUAAAUCAGAUAAGAUAUGGACAAAAAGAAAAACCAAGUCCAAGGCACUCGGUCGAUUAAACCACGUUUCUCCCAAGGCUGGUGACAUUUACUACCUACGGAUUUUGUUGAACAAAAUCAAGGGUCCUACAUGCUAUGAAGAUAUCAAGACAAUUAAUGGAAUUGUACAUGACUCUUACAAAGAUGCUUGCUAUGCUCUUGGUCUAUUAGAUGAUGAUAGAGAGUACAUUUCGUCAAUAAACGAAACACAUCAUUGGGCCACAGCUUCUUUCUGCCGGUCUCUCUUUGUUAUGUUGAUUACAUCUGAUAGUUUGUCAAGUCCUGCUCAUGUUUUUGAAGAGACAUAUCAAUGUCUUUCUGAUGAUGUCAUUCACGUUCGUGAACAAGAAAUCGGCGUCAGAGGUAAAUACACUAAUUUAUAG